GCUCCGUCGCUUUUGGGAAGUCACUGGAGGCAGCCUUGGCGCCUGCGCAGUGAGCCCCCCACCCCCCCUCCUCCCCAGCUCCGGGGGCGACUCCUGAUCCUGAAUCUCGGUCCGCGGUGCGGGGAGCCCGAGAUCCGGAGAUUCUGAGACUGAGACUGAGAGACACUAAGUAACCCUGAGAAAUCUGGGGACACGCACCCCAAGGAGCACACGGACACCAAAACACUGAGAAACAAGCAGACACCUCUAGACAGAAAUACUAACGGACACACAAGGGACCCUGAAACACAGAGACCCUGGAGAAAGAUUGAGAGACCCCUGAGAGAGCGCAGGCCAAGCUGUGGGCGCCCCGAUGAAUAGGAUGAAGGACUUCAUCAAAUGUCUUGCUAAAAUCCACAUAUAAUAUGGCAUUCUUCUGACCUGCCAGCCCAGUAACCCUAUCAGAAAGAAAAAUAAGGUCCAUCUGGCAAGAACGUGUUCUGGAUGAAAAUUGUUAGGAGUGCCAGUUACAGUGCAGCAGGACAAGAAACCGAGCGUCUAAGCAAAGAGUGUGGGCGCUGGGACCCAUAGUGGAAGGAGCACUAGAGACAAACACAACCCAUUCAUGCCGACAGCUGAUGAGGCUGGGAAGCAGCAUACAGGGCCUGAGGAGGCGGACAGGCCCCCUUCUAUGUCCCGAAAUGACCCAGCCCCUCUGGCUCCUUCCCGGCCUAAUGCCUGCUGCUUCUGCUGGUGCUGCUGCUGCAGCUGUUCAUGGAAUGAAGAACGGCAACGGGCUUGGAAAACCUCUAGAGAGACCAGACUGGAGACCAUCCCCAACUGUGAAACUUGCACCAAGCCCAGCCAAGAGGAGGUUCAGAGCUGGGCCAAGUCUUUUGACAAGCUAAUGAAGAAUCCUGCUGGCCGCAAUGUGUUCCGGGAGUUCCUUCGUACAGAAUACAGUGAGGAGAAUAUGCUCUUCUGGCUGGCCUGUGAGGAACUCAAGGGAGAAGGCAACAAGCAAGCCAUUGAUGAGAAGGCUCGGCUUAUUUACGAGGACUAUAUUUCCAUCCUCUCUCCCAAAGAGGUGAGCCUGGACUCCAGGGUACGGGAGGUCAUCAACAAAAGGAUGCAAGAGCCAUCAUCCCAUACGUUUGAUGAUGCCCAGCUACAGAUCUACACCCUCAUGCAUAGGGACUCCUACCCUCGCUUCCUGAACUCUGCCUUCUACAAAGCCCUGCUCCUCAGCACCUCAAGAUCCUCCUCUGAGUCCUAGGACAGCUUCCCCUCCCCCCAGUAGGAAAGGGGGCAGCCUACGACACCUAGAGUGAGAAGAUCUGGCCACUUUGGAAAAUGGGACCAAGGGGGCAUAUUGCACCUAUGCCCCCACUCUUAGAGAAACCUGAAGUUUUUCACAGAAUUGUCCUCUGGCCCCUGAGGUCACUGCCCACUACCUGUACUACAGUGUUGGACCAACUUAUCUUCACAACCUCAGGCCUGACAUUGUUAAUAAUAAUAGCUCCCAUUUCUAUAGCGCUACCUGGUUUACAAAAGUGCUUUCCUCACAACAACCCUGAGAGGUAGGUAUUGCAAGUAUUUUCUCCAUUUUGCAGAUCAGGAAACUAAGGCUUUCAAAGAGGUUAUAUGACUUGGCCAGGGUUACAUGGUUAAUAAGCGGCAGAGCAGAGACUCAAACUUCGGUCUUCUGACUCCAAGUCCAGUGCUCUUUCCACACCACCACAAUGCCUCUUUUACUACUGAACCCCCUCAAGUAGGGAUCCACAGGACUCUCAGGAGAACUGGGUAUUCAUGGCAGAGUGGGGCACUGGAGGGUAUUGUAGGGCAAGAGGCCAGCCCUGCCCAGAAGAAUCUGCUGCUUUUCUUUUUUAAAUGGUCACUUUAUGCUCCCUCCUCUAGUCCAUCAACCUCCCCCCAAGAAGGGAAGGUUUAGUAUUAUUUUUUUUCCAAGUCUUUGUAUAAAGAAGUGUCAAGUUUACAAUGCACUUGCCCGGGCCAGCACCAUGCUGAUAGAGACACUGAACUGGGGGAUGUGGAGGGUUGGAGCUCUAAAAUCCUCCCCCUCUUUCCCUCUCCGUACCCACAUGUUAAAGUAGAAUUUAAAAAAGAAAGAAAAGAAAAAAGGAGCAAGCCCCUCAUACUACCCAACAGCCACCUCCAUCCCUAGAGCAGCAGGAUUCUGGUAGGAAGUAGGAACGAUAGACACAUACUCAAGCUAGGGCUGUGUCUUCCCCACUUAGAAAGGUCCUCAGGACAAUAUCCCCCACAUACACACCUCAGUUUCCUAGUGGUAAUUUCUUGUGACUCUGAGAUCCUGUCAUGCCCAAGUGACAGGAACUGUCUGUCCCCAUUCCCUGCUUUCUCCCAUCUGUCCUCUUUAAGGCCCUGGGUUUAAAAAAAAAAUAGUGUGCCCUGGGGAAGCAGGGAAAAAUUGUAAGGGGGAGGGGAGGGGAGAAUGAUCCUGUAAUAGAGGCUCUGCCCAAGUCCUCAGCUGAGAAGUCUUUCUUUCUCAUGCUAGUCAGCUGGGACAGGGGAGUUCUAACUAACCAUUUUUGGGUAAAUACUUUGGCAUUCCUUCCCCCACUCUCCCAGUAGCUUCCCAGUCAGGCUCCUUGAUUUCCCAUCCCCAUCCCCACCCCCUCUUCUCUAUGACCCCAAACACUCUCCCUGAACCCCUUUACUACACAUGGGUAGCCUCUCACACCUGGCUCAUAAGAAGAGGGCUAGAAGCCAGGCUAUUGCCCACUUUUUACUCCCCCCUUCCAAUCCCAGCCAGCCUAGAGUCCUGUGCCAAAUUCUCAGAGGCCACCAGAUAGAAAUUCAACCCUUGAGCCAGAUGAACCCAGGCCUCUGAAGAUCCCUCUCUGGAGCUCUGAGCCUGAUCCUUAUAGACCCUGAAAGCUCCGAUUGGGGAAGCUACUUGAGGACACAACUUGAGCAGACUUUGGGGGGGGGGGGGAAGCUGUGUAAGGAAAGAGACCAUGGGGCCAUUAAUUUAUAAACAAAUAUACUAGGAUCUCAUUUUUCCCAGAUUUGCAGGGGAGGAAGCCAAGUCACUGAAGAAAUUCUUUGAUGGGAAAUAUAUUCUCCAUAGGAAUAUAUUUUUGUAAGGUAAAAACCAUUUACUCAAACUCAGGCUGUCUAUCUACAUUCCCAACCUUCUACCCCUGCGCCAGCCAUUCCAGGAAGAAACCACUCAUCAAGCCCUAGAAAAUUACUGGUCUCUCAAGUUUGUUUUGUAUUUUCAUAUCAUUUCUAAGUCUGCCAGGCUGUGAAAACUAUAGUCUUUCCUGUAUGUUUUAGGGGUGGGGGGGAACCAUGGUUUUAAUAUUUAUCACCCCCAAACUUAGAAUGUUCUUUUUAUUGAAAAUAUUUUUUAAACAAAAACAGAAA